CACACCUGAUUAUUGUGCCAAAAUGUUUAUCUAUUUAAUUAUAUUACUAUCAUCAGCUCAAGGUUCCAGAGCGGCAGAAGUCAUCACACCAUACAGUGCUUCUCAGUUUGCUGAUGAGGGUGACAGUGUGACACUCUCUUGUAGCUACACUGGUUCUGUUCGAGGUCUUCACUGGUAUCGUCAAUACACAGGUUCACCACCACAGUUCCUCAUAAUGGAUUAUUAUGGUACAGUUACUAAAGCUGAUCCUCCAGUUGCUGGAGUCUCAAUCAAUCACAUAAAAGACAACAGUAGUGUGGAUCUGAAGAUCUCCUCUGCUGCUGUCACUGACUCCGCUCUGUACUACUGUGCUCUGCAGCCCACAGUGAAAGGAAAUCCACUGCAAGCUUGGACUUCGGUUACGAUGGAGAGGCAGAUGAUACUCAUAAUGCUCAUCACAGUUUCAGUGAACAUGUUGAUAUAUAUUAUUAUGCUGCUGUCAUCAACUGAAGGUUCCAGAGCCUCAGAAGUCAUCACUCCAAAAAGUGUCAGAGUAUUUGCUCUUGAGGGUGACAAUGUGACACUCUCCUGUAACUACAGCGGUUCUGCUCGUGGUGUUCACUGGUAUCGCCAAUAUGCAGGUUUACCACCACAGUUCCUCAUACUGGAAGAUUCAGGGGUAACAACUCCAGCUAAUCCACCUGUUCCAGGAAUAACCAUCAAUCACAGAAAAAAAGAAAGCCAUGUGGAUCUGGAGAUCUCCUCUGCUAAAGUGUCAGACUCUGCUCUGUACUACUGUGCUCUGAGGCCCACAGUGACAGGAAACCAUAUAACACUGUACAAAAACAGUUUUCAUAUGCUUAUCAAGCCUUGA